AUGGCCUCUUCGUCUCAGCUCACAAUUAAUACCGGCACACCUCUCACUGAUGCAAAGGAUUAUCGCAUGAUCGUUGGGAGUCUUCAGUAUCUUGGGUUCACACGACCUGACAUUGCCUUUCCCAUCAAUCGCCUCUCUCAGUUUAUGCACAGGCCAACGAAUGCACACUGGCAAGCCGUGAAACGGGUAUUGCGGUAUCUUGCGGGCACUUCUACUCUAGGGAUCUUCCUUCAUCGUGAUGUUCCUCUUACUGUCCAUGCAUUCUCGGAUGUGGAUUGGGGUCGCGACAAGGCUACCUAUGUUUCUACGAACGCCUAUACUGUCUAUUUUGGUGGAAGUCCAGUCUCAUGGUCAUCCAAGAAACAGAGGAGUGUCUCGCGGUCGUCAACUGAGGCAGAGUAUCGCGUUGUUGCCAACACCGCCUCUGAGUUACGCUGGAUCUGUUCACUACUUCAUGAGUUGGGCGUCACUCUUCCGCUUGCUCCGGUAAUUUAUUGUGACAACAUAGGAGCAAUUUAUCUUUGUGCGAACCCUGUGUUUCAUUCCAAGAUGAAACAUGUUGCGUUAGACUAUCACUUCGUUCGUGAGCAUAUUCAAUCCGCUGUUCCUCGAGUCGCACAUAUCUCCGGUGAUGAUCAACUUGCGGAUGCUCUCACUAAGCCAUUACCAUCGCAACGUUUUGCAGAGUUAAGUUUCAAGAUCGGAGUCAAGAAACUGCCUCCAUCUUGA